AUGGAUAAUGAUGGCCGAACACCGUUGUCUCGAGCUGCUGAACGAGGGCAUAUAAAGGUAGUUGAACUACUGAUCAAGGACAAUCGAGUCAACCCAGAUCUAAGGGACAAAGAAGGUCGGACGCCGCUGUCAUGGGCUGUCCAAAGUGGGGACGUGCAAAUUAUGCAAUUACUCCAACGAAAUGGCGCCAGCCCAGAUUUCAAGGAUAGAGACGGUCGGACGCCUUUAUCGCAAGCUGCAGAACAUGGCCAAGAGAUGAUGAUAAAGCACUUACUCGCUCAGAACAGCGUCGAUCCCGACUCUAUUGACAAACAUGGUAGAACUCCUUUAUGGUGGGCUGCAGCAGCUGGGCAUAGCUUAUCGACCAGGUUAUUGCUGGAAAGGCACGAAGUUGACCCAGGUUCAAAGGACGAUAACGGUGGGACCCCACUUUCACGUGCCGUUGAGAAUGGACAUAAAGGCACGAUUCGAGAAUUCAUUGGAAAGGACAAGGUCACGUUAUAUAUGCUGGCAGCAAAGGGGAACCUUACACAUUUACGAAUACUCAUUAAGGAAGGAUACCAAGUCGACACCAGGGGCGUUGAUGGUCAAGCUCCAUUACAUGCUGCGGCUUCAUCAGGCCAUGUCAACAUUACAGAGGAACUCUUGAGCAGGAAAGCACUCAUUAACUGCAAAGACUAUAGUGGGAGGACUCCACUUCAGCUUGCAAUUCAAUAUAGGCACCAAGAAAUCAUUCGUUUACUUCUUGAAAAUUCUGCAAAGACAACCGGUAUCCUUCCUAGUCAAUGGCUUGUUGCAUUCAACCGGGAGGCAUCAGAUAUACUGGAACUAUCGCAAAUAUCACGUGGGAAAAAGAUCGUGCAAUUCAGCCAGGGUAGGCCGCUCCAAUUAUCGAAGUCGACUAGGCGCAUAUCACUUUUCGCGCAUUACUCUAUGUGGUCCAAAUAUUCGACUUGGAAUUUGAACAGUUCUCACCAAUGUCAUAUGGACGUUUCUCUCCAACGUGGUCCAUCAGAAAUGACCUAUAAGAUACAGGGAUGUAAAAACUAUUUGGGUAUCUCCGUUACUGGGUCUUUUCCAACAGAACAGAAAGAACGAUACCAAGAGCAAUCAGUGGAACUUCACUGGGAUAAAUGUGCUAUCGCAUGGACAAUGGUCUGCUCUUCGAAAACGCCUGUUGGCUGGCAAUCGAUGGACCACUUCAGCAUGCUUCCCCACUGUUGGCUUCCGGAGGAUGGGGCCAACUUCUUCGCGCUUUUUGUACAGCAACUCAAGACCAAAUGGCUUAUGUUUUGCACCUCGGCUGAUGAACGCUUGUCUCAACGUCGCCUAGAUCAACUGUGCAGUAAAGGAAAUAGUAUUGAACUAAUACAUUACCUAGCAGAAGAUGCACAGGAAUGGGCCAAGCUUCGAAAAGCCUUAAGAACUCAAGUGCAAGCAGUCAGAGACUUUAUUAGGGACUAUUGCCGCUACUGCGAGCAAGAGUAUUCAAAGACAAUGCGGCUACCCAUAGACCAGUUUGAUACCGAUGUUAACGAAAAGAUCAACCAGCUAGACCAAACUGUAAAGGAUCUCCUACAAUUUGAGUUCGCCUGGGUGUCAAUCAACGAGGCUCACAGAUCGACGAGUAUCGCCACAAGUAUGAAGCGGCUCAGCUGGAUUACGUUUAUCUUUUUGCCUGCUAUGUUUACCUCGAGUCUAUUUGGUAUGAAUGUGGAUAUUCUACAAUCUAAUCCAGACUGGCGUUGGUACUUGCUGUUUAGUGGAGGCUGUCUAAUCCUGACCGUCUUGGUAUGGCUUCUUUCUAGACAUGGCGAGAUUAAGAGAUUCAUUGAGAAGUACCCCAGCAAUCGUUUUCAACGACGGCCAAAUAGCCCGACAGAGCACAAGCAGCGAUUAAAGACAGACCUGCAGAUCUUACCAAUAUACAGUCAAGUGUCAAGAGUUUGGGAUACCCGUGGAAACGCUAGCCG